AUCAGUUUAGGCACUGAUGAUAAAUCCUGAAUCUGUGUAGGGAGAGUAUUCUGCAAAAAGGGAUGUGAUGCCGAUAGUGACUCAUGGGAAGAUUGAUUGCUACAAAGAUCCUGUGGUAAAAGACCGUCCAUGGAGUGCAGUUAUAGAUCGUUCUCCUGGAGAUGCCAAAUACUCCGAGGAAUGCUUUCACGCAUGUGUCGCAGGCUGUGGUUACAAGUUUGAUGUUGAAGCUGAGAUAGUCAAUAAGGUGAAACCAAAGAGACCUCCACCACCACCGCCAAAGCCACAACCACCACCCCGACCUCAAAAACCAAUGCAGCCUCCUACCGAGGCCGCUUGACAUAAAACAUCUCUCAUCAAAGGCUAACACUUGAAAGUCCUCAAUUUUUGGUAUCUAACAUGUGAAGGAGUAUUAAUGUUCGGAGUAGUCAACUAAAAGCAAUUGGUCCAU